AUGAGCGCUUCGAGGUUCAUAAAGUGCGUUACGGUCGGUGAUGGGGCUGUGGGUAAAACUUGCCUUCUCAUUUCAUACACCAGCAACACCUUUCCCACUGAUUAUGUGCCAACCGUUUUUGAUAACUUCAGUGCUAAUGUGGUUGUGGAUGGGAGCACUGUUAAUCUAGGGCUAUGGGAUACUGCGGGUCAGGAGGAUUACAAUAGAUUAAGACCCUUGAGCUAUCGUGGGGCUGAUGUCUUUAUUCUUGCAUUUUCUCUCAUUAGCAGGGCCAGCUAUGAAAACAUCUCUAAAAAGUGGAUUCCUGAAUUGAGGCAUUACGCACCUGGAGUUCCAGUAAUUCUUGUUGGGACAAAGCUUGACCUCCGGGACGAUAAACAGUUCUUUGUUGACCACCCUGGAGCUGUGCCUAUCACGACUGCUCAGGGAGAGGAGCUAAAGAAGUUGAUUGGAGCUGCUGCUUAUAUUGAAUGCAGUGCAAAAACACAGCAGAAUGUGAAGGGUGUCUUUGAUGCAGCUAUUAAGGUUGUUCUACAGCCACCGAAGCAAAGGAGAAAGAAGAAGAGAAAGGGUCAAAAGGCCUGCAGUAUUUUGUGA